AUGAAACCUACAAGGGCACUUACGAAAAAGAUAUCAAGAUUAGCCUUGACUACAAAACAGACGAAUAAAGGUUUCUACAAAGGAACAGGUUCGGGGUCUAUGGGGGAUCAUACAAAGCAUGGUGGCUUCAUCAUAAAUUGGGAGAAAGUAAGGACAUAUGUUCCACCCACAAAAGAUUUAAAAGAUUACAAGCUCACCCCUUUCGUCACAAAGAAAAUUUGGGCACCUAAAGGAAGGUUUAAUGAUUCUAAGGGACCACUGAGUGGAGAACUGUACUUAGCACGAUGGAAAGCAGAAAAUGGAUCAGAUUAA